AUGGGCCGACCGGAACUCAGCGGCUUGCUCGCUAGAAAGGACUACGAGAUCGCAUCUCUCCAGAAUUCGCUCGCCGAAGUCCAAAACGGGCGGGAACGUUACAUGAACCUCCUCUCCACUACUCAGAGCACGCUUGACCAAGUGAAACGCGGAAGGUCCCACGUCGUAGCAGCGCUUUGCAAAAAAAUAGAAGAUCUCGAAAUUUCUCAGGAGAGUAUAAGCACCCUGCAGCAGUCGAUGGAGCAGGAGACCAACCGCCGCAAACAACUAGAAGAGGAGAACCAUGAACUUCGGAGAGAUGCCGAGGACCCCCACGGCCAGAGCCAACAACAGUUGCAGGAGCUCAGAUCAGCGAAUCACGUGGAGAUUUUGCGCUUGGAUAGAGAGCACCAUGCCUUGGUCUAUCAAAUGGGGGCGAGAAUCCAAAGUCUCGAGCUUGCCCAUCAGGCCGUGAUUGACCAAAAGGACGCGAAAAUCAAGAGUCUUGGGCUUGCCCAUCAAGACGAGUUAACAACCCAGCGGAAAAGGCUGCAAGCUGAGAUAGGGAAGUUGCAGCUUCGGGCCAUGUAUGGCAUGGUUGACGAUGACACAAACGAACCCAUCUCAGACUUCAAGUUCCGCUGGAAACUAGAUUUACUGGCGCAGAGAAUUCGGGAAGUAGUCACGUACGUUCCGCCUCCUGAGCACCAGAUUCUCGACCGAUCGCUUGACCCCAAUGAGUUCCUGACCAGGAAUGCAAACUACGGACAAGCUUGGCCCUGGUUUGUCCAAAGCAUCUGUUGGGAAUUGGUAGUCCGGGGUUUCUUCCAGUAUCCCUUGGGCUUCGGGGUGUUUGGGACUGAUGGGAAGGGUUUCGACAUCCUCUCCCACUUAUUCGAGUCUAUCGCCAUUCCCUCCGCUGAAGACCCCAGUGUUCUCGUGAUGCCAAACGAUAAAAAGUCGAACAUCCGACGUAGCUUCUUCUUCGAAGGCAUUCUCUCGGACGUCAAAAACCCCGCGCAGCCGGGCCGAGAGACGGGGUUCGCAGCCGACUUCCGGGCAAAUGUCGACCGUGUCGCGCAGGAUCUGGUCCGCACGCUACAGCAGUGCAGUAACGGGAAGCUGGACGCGCGCGGGCCCCCGAAGAUCGAGGGCGUCGUCCACGGCCUCGGCUUGCUUGCCCUGGAGAUGGGGUCCCAGCGGGCACACGUCUUCAUCGAGGGCUGUGCGCACGGCGAGCGGAUCACGGCCGGGAACAGGUUCAAGAUCGAGGAGGGCUCGGCCGACGAGCUCGACAUGUGGAGAGUCGACCUGAUGACGCAGCCGUGCAUGGUCCGAGUCGACGACGGCACGGAAGAUCCCACCACGACUAAGGUCAUCUCCAAGGGCAAAAUCGUCCCCUUGGUGGAUGAGAUUUGA